AAACAGGCACAAAAGAGGACGUAGAUACUUUAUUGAGGCAUCUUGGAGUGUCGGAGGCUUCCAGGCGUCUGCAUGUGUCCCAUGCUUUCCACUCGCCGCUGAUGGCUGGAGCUGUCCCGGAGAUGGAAGCCAUUAUUUCGACAGUCAACCUGCAGCCAGCGUCUAUCACAAUUGCAUCGACAGUACGUGGACGAGUACUGGAACCGUCAGAGACUCAGGAUCCGCACUACUGGGGCGAACAGCUUACACUGCCCGUGAGGUUUAGAGAAGCCGUGGAGGCAGCUGUAAAGGCAGCUGACUCCGAUCACAUCGUGUUUUUGGAGGUCGGGCCACAGAGGACACUCGUUAAUCUUGCAGGCCAGAUUCUGGGGAGGAGCAAGCAAGAAUGUGUGAAGUAUUAUGAGCUAGCAGGGCGCGACCGCACUUCGGAAUCGAAAGAUGAACUUGAAGCGUGGCUUGGAAAGAUAUCCGCAGCGGUAUCAACUUGCCCUGUCUUCAGGUGGAACCACAAAAAGUUUCCUUUCCCGCUCGAAGCUGCACGCCGGCAAAGCGUCCAGGAAGCUAGCAAUCAACCUGAACAGGGGGUGGGUCAAGCCGUUCAAGGCCCUCUAUGGAAGAUGAAAUGGAAGGAGUUGACACCACCCGACUCGUCGCUUCAGUCUCUCUCCAGUUUUGCGCAGAACUGCCUGUUCUGUGGUGUUCCCAAGGAACAUAUGUCGGCCUUCCGCAGUCUUCUGAAGUCGUCAAACAUGGGUGACGCUGGGGUUGUGGAAUCCGGAGGCAUACAACCAGAGACACCGCUUCCCUCUUUAGCUUCUGGGCGUAUUGACUGUGUUAUAUUUGCCGGUGGCCUAUGGAUGUCCUCAACCCCGACAGUUUGCCUCGAAGAACUGCGGACUGUGCUCCUUUCUUACUCAAGAUCAGCUCAAACCGACCAGGGAUUCAGCCCAACCUUCUGUGUUAUUGUAAGCUGCAGCAGUAGCGCCUUUGGUAUCACAGCUCAGCACACUCAUAGCAAACAGGGUGUUGACGCUGACAUCAGACAGGCAGGGUUACUAGGCAUGUGCCGUACAAGUCGUCUGGAAAUUCAGAGGCUUUGUAAAAAGCCGUUUCCGAUGAUAUACGUGAACGUUGAAGAAUAUUCACUUGGAUGCCUCAGCAAGGCUUGGAGCUGGAUUUCCACCCAACGUACUUUGUUGAACGACAAACUAUUUUCGUUAGUGGAGGAGGACAUCAUCAUUACGAACAAUUGUCAUUUGGCUCCGCGCCUACAGCAAGUUGCAACGCCUCAGUCAAGGACAAGAGUUGUCAUUACAUCUGCAAAGUCAUAUGUAGUCACUGGUGGUACUGGAGGACUUGGCGUGAGCGUUUCACAGUGGCUGUUAAAUAGAGGGGCAGGAUUUGUUGCUCUCUUGUCUAGGAGUGGCAAGCCAGCUACUGCAUUGCAGCAAACGCCAGCAUGGAAGACUGUUGAGGAGGGAAUCAAUGCCGGUCGAGCAGCAAUCAUGCUGUGCGACGUCAAGGAUGCUCAACACCUCAGGCAUACGCUCUCCAGAAUCCACGAAAGCAUUCCCAUCGGAGGCAUAUUCCACUGUGCUGGAUACGAGGGGCAGCCGAGUCUUCUUGAUUCUAGCCUGAAAAGCAUCGAAUGCGUUUUUGAGCCGAAAGCAUACGGAGCAUGGAAUCUGCAUCUCGCAUGCCAAGCAUUAGAUGUAGAACGUGGGCUGGGUAUGUUCGUUCUCUUUUCAUCAAUCUCCGUAUUACCUGGUAAUGAUGCUCUAGCCACGUAUGCUGCAGCCAACGCAUAUAUAGAUUCGUUGGCAUACUGGCGGAGGUCUCAAGGACUUCAAGCCCAAAGCAUUCAGUGGGGACCCUGGAACGAUGUAGGAAUGGUCACACGUAACGAAAAGCUUGAACGGGUAUUUAGGUCCCGUGGGAUAAAGCCAUUCACGCCUGAAGAAGGCAUACAAAUCAUGGAGCUAGCCUUACAGACGGAGGAACCAUGUGUAUGCGCCUUGAAUGUGAACUGGAAAAAGUAUUUCCAGGCAUUUGGCCAUAAUAUUCCACGAGCACUAGCAGAAAGAGUUUCGGAAACUCAAACUUCAUCAGAGAACUCUAGGGAUAAAGGACGGUCGAAGGAGUUGAUCGAAGCGGUAGUUCUUGAGGCUGCAAGAUCGUUGGUUGACAAAGAUGAGGUGAUCAGUACAGGAACACGUUUGGAUGAACUGGGUCUCGACUCUUUGGGCUCUGUUGAGCUUAGAAAUCUUCUUCAGGAGCGUCUCGCUAUGAGCUUGCCAGCUUCUUUGCUUCUCGAAUAUGCAACCCUAGGUGAAGUCAUUGAGUACAUCGCUGAAGACCUAUGCGCUGAACCAGGUUUACGCUCCACAUAUCGAACACCAGGUCCGAGACUUCAGCCAUCAAAUCACUCUGGAGAUGGAUUUGCGGUGAUCGGCAUAGGGUGCCGACUACCAGGGAGAAGCAAUUCACCUCAGGAAUUUUGGAAUAUGCUACUGGCUGGUACCGACUGUGUUGAAGAUAUUCCCUGGCAGCGAUUUAAUAUACAGCCCCUUUUUGAUCCGGAUCCAGAUGAGAACAAAUGCUAUGUAAAGGAAGCAGCCUUACUAGAUAACGCUCAUCUAUUUGACAAUGAGUUCUUUCAAAUGACUGAAAGCCAGGCUAGAAAUAUCGAUCCUCAGCAGCGUGUCCUACUGGAAGUGGCCUACGAAACAUUGGUCGAUGCACAAUACACACGAAACGAUGUGAAAGGCCAUGAAAUAGGAGUCUUUUGUGCAACAUACAUGAAUGAUUAUCAGCUUUCUAGUUUGACCAAGGGCGAAAAUGGCAUCCUUGCUAUUGGAGAAGGGGUGGAUGGCGGUGUGCCCCGCUUAGGUGAAGCAUCCGGGUAUCCUGAGCCCGGAAGCUUAAUGUGUUUGAUCCCUAACAGGAUAUCGUACUCUUUCGGGCUUAUCGGACCCAGCAUAGGCGUAGAUGCAGCGUGUGCGUCAGGCCUAGUAGCCCUGGAUACAGCAAUUACGAAGUUGAGGCUAGCAUCAUGUUCAAAAGCCUUCGUUGGCGCAGUAAGCUUAAUUCUUGUCCCGUGCUUCUUUUUGGGUGGCAGUAAAACGAGGCAGUUCUCAAAGGCUGGCAGGUGUCGCACAUUUGACGCUGCAGCAGAUGGCCUUGUACGUGGUGAAGGUGCUGCUGGAGUCUUGCUUGCACCGUUAGCCGCUGCACGGUCAGAGUCAAAAUUCGUGCACGCAAUUGUGCGCGGCACGGCAAUUUCGCAUUAUGGCCAAGGAGCACGUUUGACAGCGCCAAACACCAGAGCUCUUGCUAGGGUCCUGAACAUGGCUCUAGAAAGUGGUGGAGUUGACCAAUCCAUGGUCAGGUGCUAUGAGGCACACGGUACAGCUACAGUUCUCGGCGAUAUUAUAGAGAUGAAUGCAGUCAAGCAUCUGUUUGAGAAGAGGCCAAAAGAAAGUCCAUUAAUCGUGGGCACUGCGCACAACAACAUUGGGCAUCUUGAUUCGGCUGCAGCACUCGUUGCAUUCGUGAAAACGGUCCUCUCUUUGAAGCACCGGUAUGUUCCGCCGAAUAUCCAGUUUAACAAGAUGCAUCCAGACAUUGACGCUUUUGACACAAGCAGAAUAGUUUACACCCGGGAAGGUCAAGCUAUUCGUACGACAGAUAAUGAAACAAGAAUAUUCGGUGCGAACCUUGCUUAUGGUCUUGGUGGCACAGUAGUCGCCGCGAUCACCGAAGAGGGUGACGACCCUGCAAAAGAGCCACAGGUAACGCGUCAUGUAUGGAAUCACAACUCGUUCCCUCUAGAUUCUCAGAAAUUUGUCUUCUUAUUGGGUUCCGCAGCACUGCUGGCCCAGGACAGGAAACAAACCCCUCGAGACGACGUGGCCUACUUGAUCCGUUGCAUAUGCAACGACAUGCUUAGCAAGGACAAAUUGGAAUCUUUGAACCCUUGUACACCUCCUGAUUCAGUUUCCGAGAUAUUUUUAACGGGCGCUACAGGGCUCACUGGCAGCCGGAUUCUGCUGAGUUUGCUAGAACGGAAAAUCGAUUGCGGCAGAAACGGUCAGAACGGGUUUCCUCGCAUUUACUGUCUUGUCCAAGCUCGUGAUCGCAUGCACGCCAUGUAUAGAAUUGUGGAUGCUGUCGUAGGAAGAGGGAAUCAGUGGAACCAACGCUUCUUUGAGCAAGUCAUACCAGUUGUGGGGGAUCUGAGGGCGCCAAGGAUGGGCCUGUCUCAGGAGACAUUUGACGCGUUGGCAAACAAGGUAGAGGCAGUUUACCAUGCUGGAAGGGUUGUCGAUUUUGCAUUGCCUUACGAAGCACUGCGGAAAGCCAAUGUCUUGUCGCUCCUUCCUCUUGUCGAGUUGUGCACGACAGGAAGGGCGAAACACCUUCAUGUGCUGUCAGACUUUGCGGCAUACAUCCAGUACUUUGCAGCAUUCUCUGGUGACCUUAGCCAGCCAAUAUUGGAAGAGCUAGGUGUUCCGCAGCCUUUGCUUGAUAGAAUGGAGAACCAGAUGCCAGCGAGCAUCAUGGGCUACCCUUGGGCGAGGUGGGCUGUCGAAGAGGUACUUGCGAAAUGCCAGAAUUGGAUCAAUAACUGGAAAGCAUCAGCAGCAGACGACUUCCACGGCAUCAAAGACAAAUUCAGCUUUACUGUGUAUAGGCUUCCAAACUCAGCAGUCUACUUCAAUAAUGGCAGGGUCGAAUUCCUGAACCCAUUCUUUGCCAUCUCAAUGGCUGCGUUGCAACAGGGUGUCGUGCCUCCUGGAGUUUUACCGGUAGGUCCUCCCUUCCUAAGCACCCCUAUAGAUAUUUCAGCAGAUAUCUUGGCCACAAUUUCAAGGCUCCGUCAUCGGCCAACUGUUAUUCACAUUGUUAACCCGGUUGGGGUCAGACGGGAUGCGAUUAACCAAACUUUGCUUACUCUUAAGAUUCCAUUCCGAGAGUCGUGCGAAGACGAGUUUCUUCGAGGAAUCGAAAAUAACCAAAAUACUUCAGCUGCUUACACUUUACUUCCUGCAAUGCGCUUUUGGAGGCGUUACUGGUUCUCUAAAGACCUUGACAGGAAAGAUGCCUUCCCAAUAUCUACCGCAAAUGUAGAGGCCUGCCUGCCCAACGCUUUGAAGCAGUUUCCUCAUCCCGGAGAAGUUUGGACGAGAAACCUAGCCUACUGCUUGGCAAAUUACCACCUCGUAAGGGAUCCAUUCGACACCAUCAUGCCUUUCGCUUUCCUGAAACGUGUUGGUGCGUCGCUUGUUGAAACAAAGGCGUUUAAACAGCUGUCAAGCGACACACAGAAUAUGCUACACGUGGCACUGCGUGGUGGAAAGAGUCAGGAGAUUGAACAGGCGCUUCAGUGGCAGACCAAGAACUUCGUGAAUAGCCACUUCUUCAGUUUUCUCUCUGCCCCGCAGUAG